AUGGAUGAAAGGUCUGAUUCCCUUUCUAAAAUAAUUGAAUCAGUGGUGCCUUCUAAAAUGAUGAUACAACAGUCUUACCUUCGGGAAAGGACUAUAAACUCCUUAAAAGAACCGUUAAGUCACUCCAUUAGGUGGUUCUUGAGGAAACCAGGGACCACCGGUAACAACGCGCAGGUCUAUCCUGAGACCACAGUUGGAUAUGGCACCACUACAAGUGCAAACAGACAAGGAUUUACACUCAUAUGUGACCAGGACACUGUCAAAGAAAAUGCGAUAGAAUGCGCCGUACAAAAGGCACUAGUCCCAAUAGUUGAAACAUUAUAA